GCCGCCGCCGCCGCCGCCGCCUGUCUUCUCUUUUUCCUUGCCUCGGCAUGGACUCGUCGUCCCCCUCCUUCGAGGGGCUCUCCUCGCAGGAGAUGGACUCCCCCGGGCCGCCGUCACCGCUGGACCCGGUGCUCCCGCGCGCCAGCUGGCCCCCCCCCUUUGAUGGGGGUGUCCUGAUGCCGGACGACCUGCUGGCCAGGCCGCUCCACUCCCCGGCCCCGGAUGGCUUCAGCCAACUGCCGCGGCCGCUGCCGAAACUCAACCUCCCCUCCCCGGGCGAUGGGUCCACCGAGGAGGAGGAGGGCUCUCCGAAUUCGGCCCAGGCAGAGGGCACCCUUCCGCCGCCACCGUGCAACCGCAAUCCCUACCUGCUGCCGCUGAGCCCGCACCUGAGCAGCUACACCCUGUAUGAGACGCGGAAUUUCCUCUACCUGGUGGGCACCAAUGCCACGGAGUCCGUCUAUCGGCUGUUGAAGAUCGAUCGGACGGUCCCCCCGGAGCCCAUGGCCGAGGAUGUGCUGGGCUCGCCGCCGGCGGGAUCGACCACCGCCAGGGCCACCGCCACGGAUCGGCCCACUGCCGAGCCGGUGACCCCGCCGCCGGGGGCCUCCCCGGUGGCAGCACCACACCCCUCAAUGAGUGCCAGCCCCGGGGCCCCGGACCGGGCGCCCGGGCCGGGGCUCCGGCCGGCGGGCCAGGUCCGCGUCCGCCUGGGCGACACGCCGAGCGCCCCGCACUCGGGUAGCCCGGGCCCGGCGGCGGCUGCCAGCCGCAUGGCCGGGCCCUCGCAGGCCCCUCCCCGGUCGGGUCCGUCGGCCGGGGCCGCGGCCUCGGGCCCAGCCGCGCAGACCGUCUCGGAGCUGAUGUUCAACGACAAUGAGCAUGAAUACUCGCCGCGGGAGAUGAAGGAGGUCCUGGCCAUGCUGGAGCUGGGCAAUCGCUCGCAGGGCGGGCUGAAGCGCGUCUGCACCGCAAGUGGCCUGCUUGGCUUCAUCCGCUUCCUCGAGGGAUACUACAUGCUGCUGGUGACCAAGUCCACGGUGGUGGCGCAGCUCGGGCCGCAUUACAUCCACCAAGUGGUCGAAACGAAGAUGUUCCCGGUCAUGCGGCGAGACAGCAUUCCCUCGCAUCCGGAUGAGACGAAAUACAUGAAUGUCUUCUCGGCGCUCAACCUCGCCGGGGACUUCUUCUUCAGCUACACCUACGACCUGACCAAGUCCCUACAGCGUAACAUCACACAUGGCUGCCAAGAGCUCGCCUAUGAUGAUAUGUUCCUCUGGAACCACUAUCUCUGGAUGAACACCUUCCCCACUAUCCGGCCCAAUCCGUGGAUUGUUCCGGCGAUCCGCGGCUUCGUCGCGCAGCACAAGUUCUCGGUCUUCGGCAGCGCCUACUCCCUGACACUGAUCGCCCGGAGAUCGCGGCACUAUGCCGGCACGCGCUUCAUGAAGCGCGGCGUCAACCUCAGCGGCCACGUGGCCAAUGAGGUGGAAUCCGAGCAGAUUGUUUGCCAGGAGUCGCACACGGCCUUUGUUCCCGGGGAGCCGACGCGCUUCUCGUCCUUCGUCCAGCACCGCGGGUCCAUCCCGCUUUUCUGGUCGCAGAGCAUGUCCAACAGCAUGGCCGGCGUGCGGCCGCCCAUCACCAUCGACCGGACCGAUCCCUUCCACAGCGUCGGCGCCAUCCACCUGAAUGGCAUGAUGAAGCGCUACGGCGCGCCGGUCAUCGUCUUCAACCUGGUCAAGCGCAAAGUGGCUCGGGAGCUGCUGCUGCUGAACGAGUUCAAUGCCAUGCUCACGCAGUUGAACCAAUUCCUGCCGGAUCCGCAAAAAAUCCAGAACUACCACCUGGACAUGGCCAGCUCGCUCAAGAGCCAGGACGAGAAUGUCAUCGACGAGCUGGAGGUGCGAUCUCAGGAGAUGGUGUCCACCGUGGGCUUCUUCUACUCCGGGCGUCGCUGCCGGACGCGCGUCAAUCGCGGCCUCUUCACCGGGCAACUGGCCGAGGUGGACUUCGACUCGCAGCGCCUGGUGAAUGGCAGACCGCAAGCCCCGCCCCUGGAGUUUGACCAGUCCACGCCGAUGCUCCAGUGUGGUGUUGUUCGAACCAACUGCGUUGAUUGUCUUGACCGGACCAACGCCGCGCAGGUGUUGAUUGCCAAGAAUGUCCUCGGCCGCCAGCUCUAUGUCAUGGGCAUCAUCAGCCAUCCGGAAAUUGAGUUUGACUGCGACCUGAUGAUCGAGAUGGAGUCGAUGUAUCUCUACCAUGGCAACUACAUCGCGUAUCAGUAUGCCGGCUCCGGUCUGGUCAACACCACCAAGACCUACCGCAAGAACAGCGACUGGACAUCGCAGUCUCGCGAUAUGAUGAACUCCCUGCAGCGCUACUACAGCAACUCCUUCAGCGAUGUCGAGAAGCAGGCCGCCAUCAACCUCUUUCUCGGGAUUUUCCGGCCACGAGCCGGCGAGCCGUCCAUCUGGCAACUGCCGACCGAUUACUUCCUUCACAACACCAACCAGCAGUUUGCUCACAUCCGGUCUGGCUUCCGUUCCUGGGCCACGUUCAUUCAGCCGCACAUGCGCAAGGCCCCCUUCCCCUCGCCGGUUCCCGGGGCCUUUGACAUCCCCUCCGGCGCCAAGACCCGGCCGCGGCCAGGCAGCCGCCGGCACCUGACCCUGGUGCCGGCUUCCUCCUGCCAUCCGCCGGUGGCCUUCUCGCCGGCGGCCCUGGCCGCCCUGUGGGCCUGCAUGCAGCAGCACCACCUGCAAAUCGGGCACCUGACCAGCUUCGACGAGCAGUUCCGCCUCACCCAGGACGAGGCCUCGCAGCAGGAGAAGUUCACCCUGCAGCGGCACCAUGAGAACAUCCUGCGCGAAGUUCACCCGGCUUUCGGAUGCGAGGUGUCCGGCGGGGCGUAUGCCCCCUACUCCGGCAGCACCCUCGGCGGGGCGCUGUAUGGCGGUGUUUCGACCCUCUUCGGCCCGGGCUACCUCUUCCGGAAUAUGGGCGACAGUACGCCGAAGACGCCCUCUUCGCCGGCGCCGGUCGGGCGCCUGCUGGCCUCCAGCUCGGCCUCGACGUUGAAGGACCCGGCGCCGGGCCCGAUCCCGGCUCCGGGGGGGCUGGGGCUCUCUCCGGGCGACGGGCCGGCCUCGGUGGCCACCAUGUCCCCCCUGGCCCUGUUGGGUCCGGAGGUGGCGGCGGCCCUGGCGGCGGCCCUCGGCAUUGGCACCCUGGCCGAUGUGAGCCCCUUCACGGUGCGCACGGCCCCGGGGGCCGGGGCGACCCCCUCGGCCCAGCAAAUUCGCGACCUGGGCAUGCUGGUGUCGCGGCUGCUCGAGCCGUGCUCCGCCUGCCAGGGGUAUUUGGCCCGGCGGGGGGGCGACCCUUCGCCAGUCAGCCCGGUGGCCCCGGGGCUGCCUUCGCAUCGGGAUUCCGGGGCCAAUUGGCUGUUCCCUCCCUCGGCCGGGCAGGACCCCGGGCUGGGGGAUGUUUCCCUGGCGCCAGCCGGCCCGGCUCCCGAGGCCGAUGCGGCCGAGCCCCCGGCCGGGGCUUCCUUCCUGUGUAUCACCUGCCGCAAGCCCAUGGGCCUGGACCUGGGGGACAGGCCCGGCUCCGGCGGCGGCCGCCUGGACGCCACGCCGGACCCGGGGUUUGAGCAGGCCUUCACUCGCACCCGGCGCCGGCUGGCUCAGAGCAGCCUGCCGGCCACCGGGGACCCGGCGGCCGAAGCCGGGCCCGAGCUGGCCGACCUGGCGCAGCUCCACGGCCCCCUCGAAGAGCAUGGCUUCUACCAGCGCCUGCUUCAGCAGUCCCGCCUUGCCCGGCCGGAGUACGAGCGCUAUGUGGCCGAAACCAGCUGCCCCUUCGUCGGCGAUGCGUGCGAGGCCCGGGCCGCCCUGGCCCCCGGGGGCCCCGAGUCCGAGCUCAUGGUCGAGGGCCUCCCCUCGCCGAUGACGGACAUGGCCCCGCAACUGGCGGCCUUCUACAAUUACCUUGUCCGCCGAUCGACCCUGCUGGAGCCGUGCCUCUUCCCGGUGGAUGUGGCCCUCUACCGUGCCCACGUGCAGGUGGGUCUUCAGACCCCCGGGGUCGAGGCCGGAAGCGGCGCAGCACGGGGCGCGGGAGAGCACCCGCCUGCCGGGUCGCCGGUCCGGCCGGCCUCCCGGGCCCCGGGCCCCGGCUCCGCCCAGGCAAGCCCCCGAUCGCCGGGGCCGUCUGCCAUGGCCGGCGCCGGCGCCGGCGCCGCCGGGGCCCCUUCCGGCCCGGAUGCGGACUUCCGCCUGGUCAGCCGCCACUAUGACCCGCCCAACCUGGGGAUUUCCUCGGCGGAGAAGCUGCGCGCCAUCGGCCAGUAUAUCGAGCACGUCACCAUGUCCCGCUUCGCGGCGUGAAUUCGCGCCACCUCUCGGCCACCAUGCGCCGGCC